AUGCUCUCAGAAGAACGUGACGCUCGGGCCCCGAAACGUCGCAGGACGUCGUGGUCCAGGUGUGUGUGUGUGUGUGUGCGCGCGCGCGGACACAUACUUUUUUUUAAUUUUUUUCCAUCCUCCACGAGUGAGCGAACCUGCUGGUGCAUCUGCUUGCCGGUGGACAGAAAGCGGGAUAUGAGCUACACCGAACCGCUGUGGGAGAUCAAUGGAAAUCAAGCACCAAUACCGGCUUUUGGAUUUUUGCGUGGUUCGUGUUGCCUGGACCAACCGAUUCUCUCAGAUGAAAUCUAUUCGCGACAGGUAAUCGCGGCGGAAAUGUCGCAGUACGUCGGCGGUGAUAUCGCCAGCUACCCGAUGUGGGAUAGUUCCGUGUUGUAUCAAGCACAGCCGUCUACCCAUCCGCACGUGAACGAGCACGGAUUGUAUAGGCAACCCUGCGCCUUGUUGCACCAGAGUCGUUAUACGCCAAACGGCCGUUCGCCGAAUCUGCCGUCGUCGACGACGAAGAAACCGAGACGUCGAGUGGCGACGGUCUCCCAGAGGAGAGCCGCGAAUAUCCGGGAGAGACGCAGAAUGUUCAAUCUGAACGAGGCUUUCGAUAAACUCCGCAGAAAAGUACCGACGUUCGCUUAUGAGAAACGGCUCUCGAGAAUCGAAACGUUGCGCUUGGCGAUCACGUACAUCGCUUUCAUGGGGGAGUUACUCGGUAUCGAGCCAAGUAGUCCGAAACCGGAGUACAUACCACGAGAGUAUUACUUGCCGAAUUGAAUCUCUUCCUUGCCUAUCAAAGAGGUGUUGAUGCGGGCCGAUGCGAGACUUAUCAAUGUCCGAAUUACUAAUUCGGCGAAACACAUGGUCUUCCAUUAUUGAUUAGUAUUAUAAUGUUAAAUCAAGAGAUGCACAAUUUAAUGUCCGUAUAUAUAUAUAUGAUACUUCUCCCAUAAUAUUAUACUCGAUCCUUUUAUCCUUCAUCUUUUCGAUACUAUAUUUCGCGAUAUUGUUUAAAAAUGAUUGCAAAAAAAAAAAGAAAUGUAAAAAUAGAAUUUUUAAAUCUAAUGGCAUUUCUUAAUGGUUCCAUAAAACAUUUGAUCUCAAUAGUAUCGAAAAGAUUAAAAUCUCCGUCAAUCAAAUCUUUCCUUAUAUAAUACGCAGACAAUAAUCUUAUCUCGAUUAUCGCGAAUCUUGCGUGAUUAGAGGAGACGAUUGCAAGAUAUGAAGGGAUAAUAUAAAUUAAACUUCUCUGAUGUCUUUUAUUAUUCGAAAUACAGAAAUGGUACAUUGUAAGAUGGGGUUGCAGUGAAAUAAUGAAAUGUUUUGCAAUUUUUCGUGUCAAGAAAAUUAAUCAGCGCGAGCAACGAGAUUCUGAAUAUCGAAAAAUUAUAAAAUUAAAUUAGUUUUUCCAAUAUUAAUAAAAAUUUAUUUAUUCGAAGUUGCUCUUGUUGGAACAACAUAUAACUCCAUCUUACACUGCUGUAAUUUCUCAUUUGAAUAAAACAAUUGCUACAUGUUGCUCAUUACUAUGUGAAAAUAAAUGUGGGUGUAGUAUAAAAAUAAGUUAAAAUAAAGAUUUAAAUAAUAA